AAGGACCCUACAGCUGUAGAAAGAGCAAAUUUACUGAACAUGGCUAAACUGAGUAUCAAAGGACUCAUUGAAUCAGCUUUGAGCUUUGGCCGCACUCUGGAUUCUGACUACCCACCUUUGCAGCAGUUCUUUGUUGUCAUGGAGCACUGCCUGAAGCAUGGCCUUAAAGUAAGAAAAUCCUUUCUAAGUUACAAUAAAACCAUCUGGGGUCCUCUGGAACUUGUGGAGAAACUAUAUCCAGAAGCUGAGGAAAUAGCAGCGAGUGUCAGAGAUUUGCCUGGCCUUAAAACACCACUGGGCCGUGCCCGGGCCUGGUUACGGUUAGCACUAAUGCAGAAGAAAAUGGCCGACUAUCUUCGCUGUUUAAUCAUUCAGAGAGAUCUUCUCAGUGAAUUUUAUGAGUAUCAUGCACUAAUGAUGGAGGAAGAAGGAGCAGUUAUUGUUGGGCUAUUAGUUGGGUUAAAUGUGAUAGAUGCCAACCUGUGUGUGAAGGGAGAAGAUCUAGAUUCACAAGUUGGGGUGAUUGAUUUCUCUAUGUAUUUAAAGAGUGAUGAUGACAUUGGGGGUAAGGAAAGAAAUGUACAGAUUGCUGCAAUUUUGGACCAAAAGAAUUAUGUUGAAGAACUAAACAGACAACUGAAUAGCACAGUUAGCAGUCUACAUGCAAGAGUUGAUUCACUAGAGAAAUCAAACACUAAACUGAUUGAAGAGUUAGCGAUAGCCAAGAACAAUAUAAUUAAACUUCAGGAAGAAAACCAUCAAUUAAGGAGUGAAAAUACCCUUAUUUUAAUGAAAACACAGCAUCAUCUAGAGGCAACUAAAGUGGAUGUUGAAGCAGAACUUCAAACAUACAAACACUCCAGGCAGGGUUUAGAUGAAAUGUACAAUGAAGCACGGAGACAGCUUCGAGAAGAAUCACAGCUUCGACAAGAUAUGGAGAAUGAGCUAGUGGUUCAAGUUAGCAUGAAACAUGAGAUCGAACUUGCCAUGAAGUUGCUGGAGAAGGACAUCCACGAGAAGCAGGAUGCCCUCAUAGGCCUGCGACAGCAGCUUGAUGAAGUUAAAGCAAUUAACAUGGAAAUGUACCAAAAGCUGCAGGUUUCUGAAGAUGCUAUGAAAGAAAAGAAUGAAAUAAUUGGUCGAUUAGAGGAUAAGACCAAUGAAAUUAAUGCAACUAUGAAACAACUAGAACAAAGAUUGCAGCAAGCAGAGAAGGCUCAAAUGGAGGCUGAGGCCGAGGACGAGAAGCUUAAACAGGAAUAUGUGAACAAAUCUGAAAGUCUGCAGAAAGAAUUCUCCCAGAAGGAGAAACAGCUGCUUCAGCUGGAAACAGAUUUGAAGAUAGAAAAAGAGUGGCGGCAAACCUUAGAGGAUGAUCUUCAAAAGGAAAAGGAAACUGUAUCUCAUCUGAGAACAGAGACCCAAGAAAUAAUUAACCUUAAAAAAGAGUUCCUUAAACUUCAGGAAAAGAACAAGCAACUGAAAACGAUAUGUCAAGACCAAGAAGCUGCUCUCGAAGAACUGGCAUCUAAGCUGAGCGAAUCAAAGCUGAAAAUAGAAGAUAUAAAAGAAGCGAACAAAGCAUUGCAGGGCCAGGUUUGGUUGAAGGACAAAGAGGCUACACAUUGCAAGUUAUGUGAAAAGGAAUUUUCUCUUUCCAAAAGGAAGCAUCAUUGUAGAAACUGCGGUGAGAUCUUCUGUAAUGCCUGUUCUGACAAUGAACUGCCUCUGCCUUCUUCACCAAAGCCUGUUCGGGUCUGUGAUUCCUGCCACGCAAUACUUAUACAGAGGUGCUCUUCUAACGUGCCAUAA